GUUCCAUCCAGAGCCCUUCCAAAAGUCUCAGGAAUAUUUUUCUGGGGUUGGUGGAAUCAGCUCAUCUGUGGCACUUUGAGAUUGGAACAGCAAGAGAAACAAAGUGAGGUUUUGCAAUAAGCAGCCCGUGUAUAAAUAAGCAGACUUGUAUAAAGUUUUUAUUGUAGUCAUGUUUAAUUUUUCUUCAACUUUUACUGUUCACAAGCUCACAUCAGAUAUUUACAGUAUUUGUAUUCAUCCAGUUUCUACUCUGUGCUGACUGUAGCCAGUAACAAAUUUCACUUGUAUAAUUAUAGCUAAACAAUCAUAUCUCUGCUCUGGACAAAAAAUACCUGUUCUUCUGUUUAAACUGCCUGAAGAUCUUUAGCCAGUGCAGAGCAUAAUGAGGAACAUGGCUUGAAGAAAUGUCUUGGCAUGUUUUUAACCUGUUCAUAUCAGGAAGUGAUAUUGAUUGCUGCAGCUGUUUCUUAUAAUUUCACUCUUUUCACUUCUUCACUUACCUUCCUGUCAGUAAAUUACACAGACAUGCAAAUAAAUGCUUGGUGUCUGGAGCUUGCUAGGAGGAAAAAAAAAUCCCUCCUCUAGUGCAUUAAAUUCUCCAAGCAAAUCUAAAAAUUAAAACUCUUAAUAUCUUUCUUUCUGUCUUUAUUUCUGACUUGGAUUUUCGGUCUUUAAACUCAAUCAUGUCAUAUAAAAUAUUUUAAAAGAAUCUGAUGAAUAGAAAAUACAGCAGGCUGGAACAAAGGGUUUUUAUCAGCUGUAAGGUGACCUUUUUUCUUUUCCACAUAAUUUGUGGAUCUGAGCAGUGAUCCUUCCAUGUUGGGUACGAUGAGCUGGGCUGGGUGGAGAACUUCCAAGACAGAGGUUCAGUUACUGGAACAAUAAUUUUCCAUUGAGUUAGCAUAGCUGGUGACACACCCUGAGUGGAAACAUGACUUCAGCUUAUAUAAAACCAAAGAUGCAGUGUUCACAUUCAGAUGGGUGGAAAGCAGGCACUGAUCUCCAGCAGAAUCACAGCCUGAUGCAUGUGCAAAUAUCUGGAGUAUUUAAAGGUAGUUUAAUAGUCACAGUGCAUCUGGAUGAGGUUUGGGGUUGCAGCAUGCAGUGUUUUCCAAGCUUUUUCUGGAUGGGAGUUGUCAGGAACCCUAUGCUGCUGCUUAUGAGUGGUGGCAAGAUUUUUGUAAAUAUCCCAUAAAAUCCCUGCUUUCAGGAGAAUUGAUUCCAUAAGAACUUGAAGGGAAAAACAGUUGUGAUAGCACAUUUUCUUUAAAAUAUUCACUUAAUAGAUUUCAGUUCAGGUUUAUGAAGUUACACUAAUUGAUCAUUCCACGAUUACUUGACUCAUGUAAAAAGAAAUCUCUGGUUUCUAAGCAGUGAAACUCAGGUUGAUCUGUGCCAUGUCAUUUUUAGAGCCUGUCCCUCACGAGAAUUUGUAAUUGUGUGUUUGCUUUUUUUUUUCUCACACACUCUAAGGACAAUAGAUUUUCCAAGUUCUUCAAGUAUUCUUGCACAACGAGGAAAAAGAAGAGACAUUUUAGUGAAUGAGGAGUUUUUUGCUUCUAUAGUGUUUUCCUUGAGAAGUGGCUCUUUGAAUGAGGAUGACAAUGGAAGAGAUGAAGAAUGAAGCAGAGACCACUUCUAUGGUUUCCAUGCCUCUCUAUGCUGUCAUGUACCCUGUCUUUAAUGAGCUAGAAAGAGUAAAUCUGUCUGCAGCUCAAACACUGAGAGCAGCUUUUAUUAAGGCUGAAAAAGAAAAUCCAGGUCUUACACAGGAUAUCAUCAUGAAAAUUCUGGAGAAAAAAAGUGUGGAUGUGAAUUUCACAGAAUCUCUUCUGCGUAUGGCAGCUGAUGAUGUAGAAGAGUAUAUGAUUGAAAGACCUGAACCUGAAUUCCAAGAUCUUAAUGAAAAGGCACGAGCACUUAAACAGAUUCUUAGUAAGAUUCCAGAUGAGAUCAAUGACAGAGUGAGGUUUCUUCAGACAAUCAAGGACAUUGCAAGUGCAAUAAAGGAACUUCUUGACACAGUAAAUAAUGUCUUCAAGAAAUACCAGUACCAGAACCGGCGGGCACUUGAGCACCAAAAGAAAGAGUUUGUAAAAUACUCCAAAAGUUUCAGUGAUACUCUGAAAACCUAUUUUAAAGAUGGAAAGGCAAUAAAUGUGUUCAUAAGUGCCAACCGACUAAUUCAUCAAACCAACUUGAUACUCCAGACCUUCAAAACUGUGGCCUGAAAACUGUAUAUGUUGAGAGUUGUACUUUUCAAUGGUGGAUAGGGUACCUUUAUAUGUAAAUUUUAAAGUUUUGACUGUAUAAAUUAUCAGCCCCUCUCAAGGGGCCUAAUGCAGGAUUUUGAAUGGGAUUAUUGCCAUCUUACACCAUAUUUUUGUAAAACAUUGUAGCUUAAUCAUAAUCUCACAAGAAAGAUUUUGCAUCACUUUUUUGCUAUUAUCAUUCUUUUCAGAAUUAUAAGCCAAAAGAAUUUACGCCUUAAUGUGUCAUUAUGUAACAUUCCUUACAAGAAUUGUAAAUAUUUGGUGUUCUGUUUCUGACAUUUUAACUUGAAAGCGGAAAACUGCAAGAUUAUGUAUUUAACAAUAUUGGUGGCAAAUAUUCAAUAAAUAGUUUACAUCUGUUAGACUGUCUUUUUGUAUGUGAACAAAAGUGCAUAACUCAUCUUUCUAGAACUGCAGAACAUUCAUUCAAUAGAAAAAAAAAAUUAAAUUAUUUGGGUGCUUAAAGCUACCGGGAGUUCAAAUCAGUGUAAAAUGAGGGGUUUUCCUUAAAACUGAGAUUUUGGCUGUUAUCUAGACCAGAACAACUAUAUUAAAAUGUCUUUGAGAAAGUAAUCAAUCAACCCAGAAGUGAGAUGUGCUUUUGUUUUUGAUAGAAACUAGAUCUCACUUCUUUCUUAGUCUUCUGUUAGUGGCGAGUUAACAGGUUUUUUUACUCCUAGGCUAUUCCAAGGUUUGGAGCACAGAAUUAUUUGAAAUAUAUGCAGCAAAGAUUGCAUUUAAGCUAUUCAGAUCAGUGGGUUUGAAUUUGUCCCCUUUGGGAGGGAGGAGGAUUGGAGCUAGAACUCUUCCAGGUAGCACUAGUGAUAUCUAUACUAUGCAUGCCAUAAGGCAACUUUGUUUUUUCAGGGAAUUGAAAUCACGUGAGACCUCGACUGACAAACCUUGGCUGUGUAGGUGGUUAAGAGCUGCUGCUGGACAGGUGGAAAUUUUCUCUUUGUGAUUUCCUGGUGAUGUUUCACAAGUUCUGGUGAAUCCUUGGAAGUGCACCUCGAGCUGAUUUGGAAAUAGAAUAAACCUCUGGAAGUUUGCAAAAUCUGUGGCCAUUACUAGGAAGUUUAGGGGAGGAUGUGAAGCAGCUUCUGAAGCUGCAGGAGGAGCACUCCAGGCUGAAAGAUCACAAUUGCUACAGAACUAUUCCUUGUUCUAAAUGGUGAAGGAAAGGUCCCUCCAGAUUGUCUGGCACACUGGCCUGGUGCUGUACUGCUCAUCUGGGGCAAGUGCCUUAUCCCAGGUACAACAGCUGGGUCCUUGCAUUUGCUGAUCUGAAAGGAUCAAAAAGGGGGGAAAUGCAAACUGCAGACCCCCCCCCAAAUAGCACUGGAUGUUCUGCUGUCUAUUUGUGCAUGGAAUUGUUUCCUCGAUGAGAGCACUGACUGUAGUGAAAUAGAGCAAUGUGAAGGAGAGUAUUGUGUACAAAUGAGUUCUUUGGGAAUGUAUGUUGUGCAAUGUUUGGUUACACACAGAGCUGUAAGCAGGACGUGGUCCUUAAAGCUCGCUGGUCAGCCUGUUCUCUGUUCUGGCAGUGGUGUCUUGUGUCCUUAGCAAAGUGAGCCUACUAAAGGGAUGCUGAAUCAAUUUAUAGUUCAAACUUUCUGGUGUUUCUUAAAGCUUGGCCUGCUGAACUGUCAUUUUUUUGGCACGUGAUAGAAGAGCAGCGAUGUUAGAACUGGCAAAAUUAGAGUAAUAUUUAAUUUGCAUCUUUGCAUUCUGUAAGCAAAAGGGUUGAGAAAUCUCCUUGUGGAUGAUGCUCACUUAAGUCAUAGCUCCAAAGGGCUUCAUGAAAAUCCAUGAGUCAGGGAGAAGGAAGGGAAAGGCCCCUGGAGUUUGUGAUACUUCAUCUGCCUUGGAGAGAGUGUUUGGUACUGGGGUGGCUGUAGGGAGAGAGAAACACAAAAGAUUGGGUUAUGUUUUAUGGAUUUGGCCUGAUUCCCAUAAUAUUCUGAGAUUUCUCUAUUUUCUUGGAUUGAGCAGGACAGUAACUAGUGCUGGCAAUCAUUAGUUGAAUGAGACCACGUUUAUGUCUAUGGGUGGUAAAAAAUACAUUUAAAAAAUCCAUUUAUGACUUGUGUCCCAAACAAGCUGCUCUGUUAUGUCCUGCCAGUUGGUUCCUUGUCAAAUCAGAGGCUAUUUCAUCAAGAAAUGAACUGUUCCUGUUCAUCAGUUCUUCCCAAACCUUUAUUGGGUAAAAGGUACCAAAUACAGGGCUAAGCUUCAGGUUGUCUGGCCAAUGUGUUUUGUUUUAUUUAUAACCUCAUUGUGAUUUCUAUAUGUUACCCUUAAAAGUAAUGGAAAAUUAUUCAUUGUAAUUAAUGUCUGGUAAUGGGAAAACUUGAAAACUGGUGUCUUCAGGUCACACUCUUCUGUUGUGUGCAGUGAAUCCAUAUCUAGUGGUCUUACAAACCUUUCUUUUCCACUGAAUAUGAGCUGGGACAUAUGUCUGUCAAAUUUUAUUGUGGUUUUGCACUUUAUUAUUCAAGUUACCUGAGUAGCUAAAAGAUAAGUUUCUCUUAAGGAUUUCUGAUACAGCAGUUAGUGUUGCAAAAUGCUCUUAGAAAAUUUCUGCUGUGAAUGUGGGUUAUAACUGCUAUGAUAAUGUUAACAUAACAGAAAACCAAUCUAAUAAACAAAAUAAAACUUU